AACUUUUAUCUUAUCUUUCUCAUUGCAAUAAAGGAGAAUCUCUUGUUACCAAAACACAUGAAUUUAAUUAUAGAAACAAACCUUAUAGUGAAUGAUUUAUUUUCGAGUGGAAAAUCAGAAUGAAUGUAAGAAUGCUACAACGUUUCAAGAAAAUUAAAGACGUUACGAGUAGUGUUUUAAGUGUCUUCAGUGUUGAGACAAAUCACCUACAUACAUACCCAAAUUUUACCAAGAAUACCUUCGAUGUUGACAGGGGUCCUUACAGAAGCUUAGAAGAACAUCAUUUGACAUAUUUCAGGGAUGUAUUAGGAGAAAAUGGAUUGGUAGUAGAUCUGUGCGAUUUAGAAAAAUAUAACGUAGAUUUCAUGAAGCAUCUGAGAGGUGGCAGCACCCUGGUCUUAAGGCCCACAGCUACUGAACAGGUAUCGAAAAUCUUGUCUUUUUGCAACCACCAUCACCUGGCAGUGUGCACGCAGGGUGGUAAUACUGGAAUUUGUGGAGGUGCCACUCCAAUAUUCGACGAAAUAAUCCUCUCCAUGGAAUUGAUGAACAAAAUAAUACACUUGGAUGAACUUUCAAGCGUUCUCACUUGUGAAGCUGGAUGUGUACUGGAAAAUCUGGAUCACUAUUUGAACGAAAGGAAUCUCAUGAUGCCCAUUGACCUAGGGGCCAAAGGAUCCUGUCAUAUUGGUGGAAAUAUAUCCACAAAUGCAGGGGGUAUAAGACUGUACAGAUACGGUAAUCUUCAGGGAAAUAUUCUCGGACUGGAAGUAGUCAAGGCGAACGGAGAAAUCCUCAACUGUAUGAAUACCCUGAAAAAAGAUAACACGGGAUUUCACCUGAAACAUUUGUUCAUCGGUUCUGAAGGAACUCUGGGAAUAAUCACUAAAGCUGCAAUACAGUGCGUUCCAAAACCCAAGUCCGUUAAACUCUUGUUUUUGGGCGCACAAAACUUCACAAAGAUUCUGAAGGCCUUCAAUAAAGCCAGACACGAUUUGGGAGAGAUAAUUUCAGCUGUUGAAGUUAUGGAUCAUCAAACGAUGGAGAUGGUGGAAGAAUAUACAGAUUUAUCUUCCCCAAUUGGACGAUAUCCCAUUUAUUUGAUCAUAGAGACCUCAGGAAGCGACGAGACUCAUGACGAAGAAAAACUCAAUCGCUAUUUCGAAAGCUGUAUGGAUAAGCAUUUCAUUUUGAAUGGUGUGGUUGCCUCAUCUACAACACAAAUACAGAAGCUGUGGAGUAUACGAGAAAAGAUAGCUGAAAGCUUUUACAAAGACGGUUAUGUCUUCUCCUACGAUAUUUCUCUACCUUUGCCCAGCUAUUAUGAUUUUGUCACGGAAAUGAGACACUAUAUGGGAGAAAAAUCACACAGAGUUUUCGGUUUCGGCCAUUUAGGUGAUGGAAAUCUGCAUCUGCAAAUUUCGGUGAAAGAGUUUUCCAAAGAAAUCCUGGAUUACAUCGAACCGCACAUAUAUAAAAGAGUGGAAGAAUUGAAAGGAAGUAUAAGUGCAGAACAUGGUAUAGGUUUCUUGAAGAGAAAAUAUCUACCGAUGAUAAAGUCCAGUGUGAAUAUAUCUACGAUGAGGAAUUUGAAGAAUCUAAUGGACCCCAAAGGAAUAUUGAAUCCAUAUAAAGUAUUAUGAAAUGAAACGAAAUUAUGAACCUGGAUUGAAGAGAUAUACCUAUUCUGAAUAAGGAUAUAAAAAUGCUUCAAAAUGUUACCAGUGAAAUAUUCUAUGAAUAAAUCAAUUAUCACUUA